UUAACCCUUUUGAAAUACGCAGAAUCUCUUUCUCUCCCCGCGUCACAUGUAUUCUUCCACUGUUGAAAAGGACUUUGAACUCCACGAUUGAAAUACCAGUCAGGGAGCUAUCGUUUGAAAUCUUCGACUCGGCGAACGUUUGUAAACUUUUAAGCAGCACCGCGCGGUACACGCUGUAUCAGGGCUCUCUUUGCAGAGGUCUUUCCAUGUCAUCCUAAUCUCCGUGCAUAUAAAACAUCUCUGAGCAAUAAGAGAUUAAUCGUGUAUUCCGUCGAACUCCCAAGCGGCGCCAAAAAAAAAAGUAAGCGCGAAGUAACGUAUCUAAUAAGCAAAUUUACGGCGCUAAUAAAUCUCCAUUUUAUCCCGCGUCUCCAUCCUCCACGUCACGCGAGAAAAGCCCAGGCUCUCUUCGAUUUAGCGCGCGUAUCGUGCGCAGGAAUUUCGGCGCGGCGCGUCGAAUGAAAUUAAGGAACGCCUCCUUCUUCUUUUUUCUUAGCGCGCUAUCCGCAUACUUGCGUCGCGUCAGCGUGAUUUCCUAGUGCGUGUAAAUACGUUCCGGAUCCCGUGGACUCUGGCUCCUCUCGUACUGUGACGCGUGUAUACCGAAACCCGGAUGGAUGGACAAAGUGGGGGCGCUUGGAGGCGCGUGGUCGCCACUGGACGCGCGAGGCAACAUAAAACGAAGCGGCAAACGAGAUCGAGACUCAGUAUACACGAGACGAUCGAUCGCAGCACGAUCCCGUGAACGAGAACGAGAUUGGGGCUUGUUAUUGAUUGUUUGACAACAAUCGUGACGGCGGCAAUUGCACCGGUAACUGCACGUGUGAUCGCACACCUGCCGGCGUGAAGCGAGUGUCGCGACGUGAAGAACGGAAGGAAAGCGGAAAAGGGGAGCAUCAUGAUGAUGAUCAGCGGGACUUCUAUCGUGAAGGUCACUACCUGCAUUCUGCUUGGAUGCUGCAUGACGAUGCGAGUCGCCGGAUCGGCGAUACCGAUGUGGGAAUUUCUCUCGAGAGACGAGAAAAUGAGUCACCUGUACGGACUAUUCAGCAAACAAGUGGCACGGUUUUGCGCCGAUUCCUCGAGGCCGGACUGCAAUAAGAACCUGCUCGUAACCGGCAUACGGAGCCUCGCCAGCAUGGACGAAAACGUCCUCGACAAGCUGGACCCGUAUCAACGCGGCGCGAAGGAAAUGAUUUGGCACGCCAUGGUGGGAAGCAACAGAUUUGCAUCGAGAAUCAGCCAUGAAAACGAUGAUGACUCUUACUUCACGACCGACUUAUCAGCGAGCAGCGGUAGCGAGACGAACGGCCUCGACGAGGAGGAUAACGUAGCUAGCGGAGAUUACAUUCAAUCAUCAGAGACGAGCGGGCCAUAUCUGGCGGGACCGAUGGUGAUACGAGUCUACCCGGACGGCCGACCGGUUCCGGAGGACCAGAAGCGCCCUUUGCCGAGGGACGAGGACGCGGACGAGUUGAAAUAUUCUCGCUUGCCGUCUAUCGAGGAGAUCGAAGCUAAGAGCGGCAGCAUGUUCUACGGGAAAGGCACGUACGAGCCGUCAACGGCCAAGAGGAGGAUGGCCUUUGUCGCCGACGACAAGAACUAUCGGCGACGGGAAGCGAUACGUUUUCGCGGCCGUCCACUGCCCUACGAAAGGGCGGUGUUCCAGGGCACGUUGAACGAACGCAGAGUGCGUUAUUACUGAGGAGUUAUCGCUCGUGUCUGCUCUUCUACCUGAUACCUUCUUGCGGAGUGGCUCGUCCGGUUACACCGCCUAGUGAUGAUGAGAUUUUUCGAAAAAUAAAAUUGCCGUCGAGAUCCCGCGGAGAGAUGUGGAUGACAGCAACGGUGCCUGUUGCAGUCUCAGACGAUACGUGAAAAGAACGCGGGGGAAAGUUGAAGAUACAAGCGGUACCAGUCGCGGUCGCGUCGUGGACGACUUAAUAAUAAUCAGCUGUAAUUACUAAUUCAUUGCGCAUUCUAAUUUAUCUGAUAUCGUCGUUGCGGUAAGUACGAAAGGGAAAUCGUCGUACACCAUUUUUCGGAAUCUCCGCGCUGUUGGGUAUUUGUCGUUGGAAUUAAAGAUGCAGAACGUGAUUGCAGAACUUCGUCUGAGACAUAUCACAAUUUAUGUAAACCGCGUAAAUCGGAAGAAUUUUGCGAAGCCGUCAAUUCUUCCGACUCGCAUAAAUUGGAAGCUUGACGAUUGGUCGGUAAUUAGAUUCCUAAGAUAUGAGCGCCAGGAAAAAUACAUGUACAUAUUCGUACGCUGUCUCAGUAACACACGCGUAAUCCGACCAUGAAUAUCAUUCGAGUACCAUUUAUUUAACUUCAUUCAUUUAUUAUAGUAUUUAUUUAAUACUCAAUGUGAUUGUCAUGACUCAUGCAGAAGAAUUUCAUAAUGAAAUUUAGACCUCGAAACCGUUAGCGCAAAAAAUCACGCAUAUACUGUUCAAAUCUAUUCUGCAAUUUUUCAACAAAACAGCGAUUUUAUCAUUAUAGUUCUCUUAUAUGUUUCUAUAAUUUUAAGGCUCAUUAUGCAUUAUGUUUUUUUUUUUUUUAUAUGUGUGCGCCAUCAUGUCGCAUAAAGGAACCAGUGUACCUCGCUGAAAAAUACCGCGUUUUGCAUAUAAAACAUGUUAUUAUUUCACUAAAUCAUUGAAUAUUAUGUAAAUUAUUCGUUUUAACGUGCAACAAUAACUAAUUUACUAAAAAAUUGUUCUUGACAAUUUUCAUAAUAAUUAAUUGCACAAGUAAUUUGUAUUAAAAUAACUGUAAUAAAAUGACAUCUAUUGAAUAUUCAACAAAUAAUAACAUGUUUAAAAAAAUCUACAUUACGCAUUUACGUGACGAUUACGAUUGAUUAUUAUAUCUAUACGUACUCAUUUUCGUUUUGUAAAUACGUGAGAUAUUUGCCACUAUUAACUUUAAGUACAUGUCAAUAAGAUAGAACUAAAGUGUGAUAAAAUAUAAAACGCGUAAUAUAUUCGAAGAGCAAGAUUAAUGAGAUUACAAUGUGAUAAAUUAAAAUUAACGCGAUGCGUAUAGCAUAUGCGUAUAGCAUAUGUAUAAAUAUCCACAUUUGUAAUGUAUGCAUAUACACACACAUACACAUGCAAACACUUAUUACAAAAAAUUUAAUAUGAUAAAAAACUUCUUCAUAAUUGAUUCAAGAUGAUAAAUUUUUCUGUUACAAUGUUUAGCUUUUAAUGUGUGUGUGCUGCUAGUUUAAACAUUUUACAUUUUCCAUUUCAAAAUUAUUACUUUUUUGCAUAUUAUUUUAUUAAUGCGUUAAUAGAUUUCUAUUUAAAUCCAUUUCUGAUCCAAAUUCCAAAAAUUUUGUUUCUUAUAUUUUCAAAUAAAUUUUUCAGAUGAAUGUUUCAGAUUAAUAUCAGAUAAUCGAACAUCUAUUAUUUUUCUUUUUUAUUUCUACUUUUCUUUAGUUUAUAUUACAAAAUAUGUGGUAUAUUUUUUUGACAAAUGUAUGUAUGGUGUGUGUCAUUUAUAUGAUUACAUAUACACGAAUAAAGAAGACAUGUAUAUGAAUACAUGGCGAAUAUAGAUUUAAUGUUCGUAAUAUUAUUUUAAAUCUUGCGGUGAUAAUAUUCUAUACAGCAAAUAUUGUAUUAAAAAAAUAGUGAUCGAAUACGCAUUAAAAUAAGUAAGGUAACUAGAGAGAAAGGAAUUGUAUUUCAUUGUAUUAUCUUUUUACUUUUUACAGUUGUAUGAAAACUUGUAUACUGAUAUAUCGGUUGAAUAUAUAUUAUAAUAUUAAUAGAUACAUAUUGCGAUUUAUAUAUUAUGUUUUAAUUUAGCAAUUUGUUCAAUAUGGUCAAGAUUUGUAUGACACACAAAAAACAAUAAUGCAAUAUAAAAGAUAUUCAAUAAAGUACGUUAUAAAGAUUAUGAAUA